UCAUGUGUGUAUAUCUUAUACUGUGUUUGCUGUGUUUGUCUGUGUCUGUCUUGCACUGUUUGGUGAAGCCACAGCCCUCAUUUCAUUUUUAACAUGUGCCUGCACAUUGUUUUUAAUGACAAUAAACUGAAUUGAAUUGAACUGAAUUGAAAGAAAAAAGAGAUAAAUGUUGGAUCGCUCUCUCUCUCUCUCUUCCAAUAUCAAUAUGUAUGAUUAACUUUCCCCUCUUUCUCCACAGCACCCGUGUGUGAUGAACCUGGAGCACGGUGAGAGAGGGGAGCGUCCUUCGCCGAGGGCCCUGGAAAUGGAGCCUCGAUGUGGGGGGAAGAUGGGGAAGGUGUCCCUGGGCUUUCAAAGGAGCUCCACCUCAGACGAUGACUCCGGCUGUGCCCUGGAGGAGUACGCCUGGGUGCCACCCGGACUCAGGCCUGACCAGGUGCAGAUGUAUUUCUCCUGCCUGCCCGAGGACAAGGUGCCGUACGUCAACAGCCCCGGAGAGAAGCACAGGAUCCGACAGCUGCUGUACCAGCUGCCCCCGCACGACAAUGAGGUGCGGUACUGUCAGUCUCUGAGUGAGGAGGAAAAGAGGGAGCUCCACAUGUUCAGCGCCCAGAGGAAGAGGGAGGCACUCGGGAGAGGAACGCCCAAGAUCUUGCCCCGGGCCCUGCAACACACCCGCUGUGAAAAUUGUGGCGGUGGCAUCAACGGUGGAGAGAUGGCUAUCUUUGCAUCCAGGGCGGGGCCAAGCCCCUGCUGGCAUCCGGCGUGCUUUGCAUGUGCCACAUGUCAUGAGUUGCUGGUGGAUCUCAUCUACUUCUACCACAAUGGCAAGAUCCACUGUGGAAGACACCAUGCUGAACUUCUCAAACCACGAUGCUCUUCUUGUGAUGAGAUUAUUCUAGCUGAUGAGUGCACUGAGGCAGAGGGACGUCACUGGCACAUGAAGCACUUUGCCUGUUUUGAGUGUGGGACGAUGCUGGGGGGGCAGCGCUACAUCAUGAAAGAUGGCCGACCCUACUGCUGUGGCUGCUUCGAGUCACUCUAUGCAGAGUACUGUGAGGCUUGCGGCGAAAACAUCGGUGUGGACCAUGCUCAGAUGACCUAUGAAGGUGUCCAUUGGCAUGCUACAGACCAGUGCUUCUGUUGUGCCCAGUGUAAGACCUCCUUGCUGGGCUGCCCUUUCCUACCCAAGCAAGGCCGCAUCUAUUGUUCCAAAGCUUGCAGCCAAGGGGAAGACAUCCAUGCUUCUGAUUCAUCUGACUCUGCCUUCCAGUCUGCUCGCUCCCGUGAAUCACGGCGCAGUGUCCGCAUGGGGAAGAGCAGCAAACCUGGUGACCAGUGGAGGCAGUCCCAGUUGUUUAACCCAGCUCCUGCCAUUCCCACAUCAGAGUACAAGUAUGGGGAUGGAGAGGGUGAUGGAGAUGUGGAUGGAGACAUUGAUAUUGUAGGGCGUAAGCUGGCCCAUCUGGGCCUAGAGGAGGAGAGAUUCUGGAGGGAGAGAGAGGAACACGAGGUGGGGGGAGAGGAGGAUCCGGAGGAAUGGGCUCAACAUGAGGACUACAUGACCCAGCUUCUGCUCAAGUUUGGUGAUCGUGGAAUGUUUCAUCAAAUGCAGCAACCAUCUCAAGAAUCCUCCAGCACCAGCAGUGACAGAAACAGGCUAAUAGUUGUCACUGAUCCAUGGAUGAAAUCUGACACUACAGCCAUGGGGGUUACUGCCUCAUCUCCCAGCCCUGCUAGCCCCACCCAGAAUCAGAUAUACAACCAGUGCCAGAGCAACAGCCUCAGCCCUGGACUAAUCAGCAAGAAGCAUCUCCCGGAGAUGUACUGGGCUCAGUCGCAAGACGGGUUGGGAGACUCUGCCUACGGGAGCCACCCAGGCCCGGCCAGUGCCAGGAAGAUCCAUGAGUUAGAGCUCGAUCAAGACCAGGACCAAUGCCAACCAGGAAGACAAACCUUCUGGCGGGACCCUAGGCAGUGGUAUGAAGACUCACUGGAGUGCAUCACUGAUGAGCUGAGGAAGGCUGAACAGGGUGUAGGAGACUCCAUGGAUUCACUGGCCUUAUCCAACAUUACUGGUGCAUCAGUGGAUGGAGAUGGUAAGGACAGACCUGUGCUCUACUCUCUCAAUGGCCUGCAGGACCCUGCAGAGCCCCCUGAGGAAUGCGAGAAAAUGAGCAACAUGGGGACCCUCAACUCUUCCCAGCUCCACCACAGCACCAAUUCCCUCAUCCUCCACUCUGAGCAGGACCACCACCAGAGGGCAGGUGUAGAAGAGGAGGAGGAAGAAGACAUAGAGACCGAGGUAGUAAUGACAAUGAGGGGAAGAACAGCAGGAGGACGUCACUCACUGUCCUCUCAACAGGAGGGCCUCCCACCCUCUCUCCUUCAUGCUCCAGCUCUGAGGAGGAGCAAAUCUCAAUCCAGGCCUCCUCAGAUGGUCAAGUUCUCAGAGGACACUGUUGACAAUGGAUACUAUGGUGGCAUCGACGUUAACGCAAGACAGCACCCCAUGAGUGAGCGGCCACAGAGGAGGGUUUAUCGUCCGGAUGAAGCAGGCCGUGAACGAUGCCGCCCUGCAAGCCAUCAUGGGCGCAGCAGGCAGCAUCAUCACCACAGCCAUGGCAGGCACCACAGGAGCCGCAAAGCUCGCUCAGACAAUGCCCUCAACAUUAUUCCCUUGGAGCAAGCACAGAGCCCCUACGAGGCCCAGCAGCAGAUACAGGGAGGUGCCAUGUUUGUCCAGCCUUCCUUACACAGACUGCCCCCCUACCCUCAAACCCAGUCUGACUAUACACUCAAGAGCUCAGCACAAGAGGAUCCGAGGGUCGAGCGCUUCAUGAGCCAUUACAGAGAUGAGGAAGACUGGUGCUCUACCUGCUCCUCCUCUUCUUCGGACUCAGAAGAGGAAGGCUAUUUCCUUGGCCAGCCAAUACCCCAGCCUCGAGGUGCUUGCCGCUACCAGUACUACGCUGAGGACUACCCUACCAGGGUCACAGCCCUGUCUUCCCAGAGCCAUGGCUUGCGGACUGGCCGUCGUAAAAGUCACAGGGCAAAAAACUGCAUCAUCUCUUAACAGCUCAGACUGUUCAUUUGGGAUUGUAUUAACACAAUAGGCUGCACUACGUUAAGUGAAAAGAUCUGACUUUCUAAAUCACACACAUUAGGGUUUUGGUGCAGAUCAGAUUUGUGUAUCCAGUCACAUGGGGACAACUCUCAUAUGUACAGAAUGCCAGCUUGUGCCUCAUACAUAAUGAGUGUAUUUGAAAUUUAUUCUCAACUUGAGGGCAAGAUCAGUUUCAUUUGGUAGACAAGGCAGCCAAAUGCAUUAGACGAAUUUUGCCUCACACGUAAACUGAUAUUGUUCAGUUGUGAGUUACACAAGUUUAAGUGACCUGUUUUUAACAUAUUUAACAUUUAACAUAAGAUUAAGGGCCUCAUUAAGCGAUCAAUCUGAUCUGGAAGAGUGUGAAAGGAUAUCAAUAGAUUUUUUUGAUAAAGCUUCCAUGGAACAUCUGCAAGAUUUAAGACGGCUCAUUUGACAGGAUAAUACAUUUCAUUGUAAGUAGCCUAAAGUAUUUCAUGUGCAGAACACUGCAUGGCCAAACAGAAGAAAAAAAAAGUGUCACAUUCUACUGACUCGUAUCAUCUUUAGCAAGUUAUGCUCAUUACAUAUGUCAGAUCUAACAAUGCAGACAUAAAUCUUAUGACAAACUGUCAUUCGAUAUUCCUAAAUGAAGACACAGACAUUGGAUUCUUACGUCCUAGGCUGUCUAGAAAGCAAUAAAAAUAGAUCUGUGCACCAUAAUAUUAAGAAAAUCACUUUUUUUGUGUGUGUAAAUUAUGGCUUAGAUUCUUGGACCUCAUAGCACUAAUAUGAUGCAUGGACUUGUGGAUUCGGAAGUCCUUUAAUAUAACUCCCUGACCAAUAAAGUACUUUAGUCAUUGGUUGGAAAUGGAACCUGUUUGGACAUUUGACAGCAACAUUUUGUAUGGCGAAGACAGUUACUUGUUUUUUUUUUCUUUUCUGCUUUCAACAUUUGCCAAUAAAAUACAUGUUUGGUUUCCACGUUUUAUGGUCAACUGAAAGCAUUGGAGCAACAACAUUGUGUACGUCAAAAUGGCAGUACUAUUGUUAACACAGUGAGGUUGAGUUUAAGUAGCAUCUAGAAACUAACCAAAUAAUUAUUUAAUAGUAUGAAACAAGUGUAUAUAUUAAGUUAAGAUUUUAAUACCAGUAUUUUUAUAUCCCUUGUUUAAAGGAAUGUUUCUUUUGAAGUGUGAUAGAAGAAAAUGGCAAGCUGACAAUGUUUUAUGUGAAAUAAAAAAUAAAAAGGUGCCACUUCACAAACAAUAUUCGUCAGCCGAAUGCCUAAAAUGCAUAUUCUUUGUGUCAUGUGACCUGGCUCAUGUGGUUCCUAACAUGUAUUGUCCAUAUUCAGUUGGUGUACAAAAACUGCCAUGCUCGAUACAUUCCCAUUUACCAUAUUCAGCCCAGCUAAGUACUACCCCACUGUCAUAUCCAGUAAAAUGCUUUGUGAUGUAGUGAUGCUUU